GCCAACAGUACACUAGGGCCUGUACACUUAAUGAAUACUUUUGAAUAUUACACCCCAUUUGUGACUCUUAACUAUUCCACGCUGCAAAAACAUGCACUUAUCUAACCGAAACACGCGGUUCGGUUUAUCGUUCCACAAUUCUUGUUUCAGGGAGACCAGCUGAGCUUUCCUAAAAGCAGUGCAAGUGUUAGUUUCUGGCUACAGGACGGUCAGAAAUUGACAUUCACAUUCGCAACAGCGACGUCAGCGUGAAAUCCAAAUUACUGUCGCUAAUUGCAACCGAACAAAGAAAAUCUGUCACGUCCUCCAAGCUGGGGAUGUGGGUCGAUCGUGCACCGGUGACAAAUGAAGCCAGUUCACCACAUUCAGAAAAAUGUUUCCACUGCUCUCCGAUACCGUGAAGUCUAAUUGGAAACAUGGGGACAAAACAAAACCAGUACAAAUUAUAUGGUCGACAAACCACAGUCCUGUUCAAAUGAACUGGUUCCCCAGAAUUGUCUUUCCGCUUGUCCGAAAAUCCUUGCAGAAUUAUUCAAAAACGAUAUAACAGAACGAGCACAUCCAAUUCGAAAACACAAACGUGGUUCUCUGGGUUACUGUCAACAGCAACGACUUACAUCUAUAUGGCGCCUUUAUCAUCCCUGCAUCCCAAAAGCAGUGAAUCAGAUCAGGAGAUAUUAGUUUUGGGAGGUGAUUAGCGACGAACAUGGUAUCGACCCCACCGGCACAUACCAGGGAAAUGGCGGCUUGCAGCUGGAGAGAAUAAAUGUCUACUACAAUGAAGCGGCAGAAAACCUCUGCAUUUUCUUUUUGCAAAGAAAAAGAAAGAAAGACUUGCGUCUAUACAGCGCUUUCACGACAUCAGAACAUCCGAAAGCGCUGUACAACCAAUGAAGUAAUGCUGAUGGUUUGCGAGGGAAAAGCGAAGUAAAAUGUUCCGGGACUGCCUGUACCCGGUAACAAGUAUGUACCCCGCGCCAUUCUGGUGGACUUGGAGCCAGGCACCAUGGACUCUGUCAGAUCUGGACCCUUUGGUCAGAUUUUUCGACCUGACAAUUUUGUAUUUGGCCAAAGCGGUGCGGGCAACAACUGGGCGAAAGGCCACUACACGGAAGGAGCUGAGCUGGUUGACUCCGUGCUGGACGUGAUCCGCAAGGAAGCCGAGGGCUGUGACUGUCUGCAGGGCUUCCAGCUGACCCACUCGCUGGGCGGGGGCACUGGCUCUGGCAUGGGCACCCUCCUCAUCAGCAAGAUCCGAGAGGAGUACCCCGACCGGAUCAUGAAUACCUUCAGCGUCGUGCCGUCGCCUAAGGUGUCCGACACGGUGGUCGAGCCGUACAACGCCACGCUGUCGGUGCACCAGUUGGUGGAGAACACGGACGAGACCUACUCCAUCGACAACGAGGCCCUGUACGACAUCUGUUUCCGCACCCUGAAGCUCACCACCCCGACCUACGGCGAUCUCAACCACCUGGUGUCGGCCACCAUGAGCGGGGUGACCACCUGCCUCCGGUUCCCGGGCCAGCUCAACGUGGACCUCCGCAAGCUGGCGGUCAACAUGGUGCCCUUCCCGCGCCUGCACUUCUUCAUGCCGGGCUUCGCCCCCCUGACCAGCCGCGGCUGCCAGCAGUACCGCGCCCUCACCGUGCCCGAGCUCACCCAGCAGAUGUUCGACGCCAAGAACAUGAUGGCGGCCUGCGACCCGCGCCACGGCCGCUACCUGACGGUGGCCGCCAUCUUCCGCGGCAAGAUGUCCAUGAAGGAGGUCGACGAGCAGAUGUUGAACAUCCAGAACAAGAACAGCAGCUACUUCGUCGAGUGGAUCCCCAACAACGUCAAGACGGCCGUGUGCGACAUCGCCCCGCGGGGCCUCAAGAUGUCGGCCACCUUCAUCGGGAACAGCACCGCCAUCCAGGAGCUCUUCAAGCGCAUCUCCGAGCAGUUCACCGCCAUGUUCCGCCGCAAGGCCUUCCUGCACUGGUACACCGGCGAAGGUAUGGAUGAAAUGGAGUUUACUGAAGCAGAGAGCAAUAUGAACGAUCUGGUCUCAGAGUACCAACAGUAUCAGGACGCCACUGCUGAUGAACAGGGCGAAUUCGAGGAGGAGGAGGAGGGAGCAGUUGAGGCUUAACCUCCCUGACUGCCCUCCCCGCCAUCCUCCUCCUUCAGAGCCGGCAGUGUUGUAGUUUUAUUCUUCCUUUGACCUCCUUACAAAACAAAUUUGUGGGUUUUAAACUCGUAAGUCUUGUCCCUGUCCAACGUAGCAUUUUAAGUGUCAAGUGACGCUGUGGAAACCAUGACUAAAUAGCGACCCAUGCACUCCGUUUCCGUUUUCCUAACCGCCGAAAUGAUUUUGAAGGCGUCUUGUGUCGAGUAAAGUUCGCGUUUAAUGUUCUCGUCACCUGAAGUGAGUGAAAUUUCAAACUGCUGCCUGUUGGUUGAAGUAUCUCAGCUGAUAAAAUUUACAACACUCAACACGGCUCAGAAAUUUGAAACUGUGCGGAUGCUCCGAAAUCUGAAACAGAAACUGGAGCUGGAUGAACACAGCAGGCCAAGCAGCACCUUAGGAGCACAAAGGCCGAGACUAAGAUGCUGCUUGGCCUGCUGUGUUCAUCCAGCUCCACACUUUGUUAUCUCGGAUUCUGCAGCAUCUGCAGUUCCCAUUAUCCAGCAUCUGUGGAGAGAGAGAAAAGCAGAGUUAACAUUCUGAGCCUAUUGACCCUUCUUCAGGAUUGAAGAGGCUAACCUCUGCUUUCUUUUCACAGGUGCUGCCAGGCCUGCUGCGUUUCUCCAGGAAUUUUUGUUCUUGUUCCCAUAAUUUGAACUUUGUUCGUUUCAGUGUUGAACAUUUGAUUGUUUGUUUGUGACGGUGCCUCUUAAGGGGCUGACACUCCUUUUUAAAUCUUUCUUCAUUUGAUUCUGAGGAAGGGUCACUGGACCCGAAACGUUAACUCUGUUUUUUCCUUCGCAGAUGCUGCCAGACCUGCUGAGCUUUUCCAGCAAUUUUUGUUCACAUGAUUUAACUGAUUUUAAGUGGCUUAAAAGAGCUUUCCGUGAAAGGAUGUAGCAAAAUGGGUGUUGGACACACUUCUGCCCAAUCAUCCAGGGUUUUGUGCUGUGAUCCCACAGACAGGUGUGAGCGUCUCUUGCUGGGACAAUGUUUGCUGACCACCCAUGAUUGCCCUUGAGAAGGUGGUGAGCCACCACCUUGAUCUACUGUUGUCUGUAUGGUGUGGAUCUACAGAGGACACUCUGAGGAAGACAGUAAAGGCAGCAGAGGAAUAACAUUCUAAAAGGCCAUGUCAUGGAUGUCCAACUGUUGGUUCAAUCUGUCAAUCAAAAAGGGUUGAGAAAAAUGUAGGAGAAUAGUUUAAUACCUGUUAAUAUAUUGUUUCUGCCUGAAACAUAUAAGUUGACUACAGUGUUGACUUACUUAGUGACCACACUUUUAAAAUAGUCCAUUGGUUGCAAAACACUUUGGGACUGCAUGGAGAAAUAAUAAAGUUAUUUAAAUGAAAA